AUGAGCGUGAGCGUGGGUGUGGGCGCGGGCGUGGGUGUGAGCGUGGGCGCGGGCGUGGGCGUGAACGUGGGCGCGGGCGUGGGUGUGAGCGCGGGUGUGGGUGUGAGCGCGGGUGUGGGCGUGGGUGUGGGCACGGGCGUGGGCGUGAACGUGGGGGCGGGCGUAGGUGUGGGUGUGAGCGCGGGCGCGGGCGUGGGUGUGAGCGCGGGCGCGGGCGUGGGUGUGAGCGCGGGCGCGGGCGUGGGUGUGAGCGCGGGCUUGGGUGUGAGCGCUGGCGUGGGUGCGGGUGUGGGCGCGGACGUGGAUGUGAACGUGGGCGUGGGCACGGGCGUCAGUGUGGGCGCGGGUGUGGUCGCAGGCGCAGGCGAACAGUCGCGGGGCGGGCGGGUCGCUGUCCCCUUGGGCCGCGCGGGCCGCGUCCAGGGCAUGGGCGACAGGUAUGCCCCGCUGCGGCGGGCACAGCUGCACCUGGAUUUCAUCCACGCCAACUCAGAUGCAGGGGCCACAAGACUGGAUGUGUUUUCAGUGGAUAAUGAAACACUGCAGGGUGGAUUCAUGCUGUGCUUCCUGGAUGAUGGAUGUGGCAUGAGCCCCGAGGAAGCUUCAGACAUUAUUUAUUUUGGAACAUCCAAAAAACGGUUAUCAACCUUGAAGUUCAUUGGGCAGUAUGGCAAUGGUCUUAAAAGUGGGUCCAUGAGAAUUGGCAAAGACUUUAUUCUUUUUACAAAGAAGGAAGAAACAAUGACCUGUGUGUUUUUCUCUCAGACGUUCUGUGAAAGAGAAGGUCUUAGUGAGGUUGUGGUUCCAAUACCUUCGUGGUUAACAAGAACCAAAGAGUAUGUCACCAAUGAUCCCAUAAAAUUCUCCACAGAAGUAUCUAUAAUUUAUAAAUACUCCCCAUUUAAAACUGAAGCUGAAUUGAUGCAGCAGUUUGAUAUGAUUUAUGGAAAAUGUGGUACUUUGCUGGUUAUUUACAACUUGAAGCUUUUGCUUAAUGGAGAACCAGAACUGGAUGUUAAAACUGACCAAGAAGAUAUUUUGGUUGCUGGAGCCCUUGAGGAUUUUCCAGAGAGAUGGUCAUUCAGAGCCUACACAUCUGUCCUGUACUUUGACCCUCGGAUGAGAAUCUUCAUUCAGGCCAAAAGAGUUAAAACAAAACACCUUUGUCACUCCCUCUACAGACCCAGAAAGUAUCUCUAUGUUACAUCUUCUUUUAAAGGAACAUUUAAAAAUGAAGUUAAAAAUGCCGAAGAAGCUGUUAAGAUUGCUGAACUCAUACUGAAAGAAGCACAAAUGAAAGUCAAUAAACUGGACACAACUUUGUCACCUCCUCCCAAGAAUGCAUUACAAGAAGCUUUGGGAGAUGUAGAAGCAAAGCAUGAGACUCUUAAACAGAAACGGAGAGAAUUAAAAAAAGCAAAAACGCUGUCCUUGUUCUUUGGAGUGAGUGUAGAAAAUCGAAGCCAAGCCGGAAUGUUCAUUUACAGUAACAGCCGCUUGAUCAAAAUGCGUGAGAAAGUGGGCCCCCAGUUGAAGCUCAAGUCCUUACUUGGCGCAGGCGUGGUUGGAAUUGUUAAUAUACCCUUGGAGAUCAUGGAACCAUCCCAUAAUAAACAGGAAUUUCUCAAUGUCCAAGAAUACAGUCAUCUGCUGAAAGUCAUGGGACAGUACUUGGUCCAGUACUGUAAGGACACUGGAAUCAGUAAUAGAAAUUUGUCAUUGUUUUGGAAUGAAUUUGAAUAUCAAAAUACCCAGGAUGUGGAAAAAUCUUUAGAUUCUCUUGGGUAUCAAAGAAGACAAGUCAUGGCCAUACCAUUUAUCAUCCAGUGUGAUCUUUGCCUCAAGUGGAGAGUCUUGCCUUCCUCUACUAAUUAUCAGGAAAAAGAAUUUCUUGACAUCUGGAUUUGUGCUAAUAAUCCUAACCCCGUGGAAAACAGUUGUCAUCAGAUGGAACGGCUACCUUCUAUCCCCCUGGGCACCAUGAGCACUGCAACGCUAUCAAAAAAUGAGAAAGAGAAGCAUCUUAGAGAGUUGGUCCAUAGGUAUCAAAAUAAGCUUACAGAACAGCAGCCACAGCCCCAACUUAUACCACCAAGUAGGAUCGCCGAGUUCACUACCACCUGCCGAACUGCAGCACCUAAGGAAAAUACCGAAACACAGAGGAUCAGGCCUCCAGGUGGUGACUUGAAGCCUGAGUCUGUCCCAUCCUUUGAGCUUUCAGUCCACCAUGGAGGCCAGAAGAGACACACAGACGGGUCAGACUCAGAUGUAGAGUUCAUUUCAGAGACUAAAACGGUGAAGAAGACUAUGCAGGAGAAAGUGAAACCUCGGCAGGGGAGACACCCAGCAGCCCCGCCAGAAAACGUCGAACCAGCUGAGGGGUCCCAGGUGGGCUCUUUUCUUUUUUAUUGUUUCCCCACCUCUUCUCAGAUUUACAAGAUACAUAUGGGGUACACUCUGGCUUUAAAUAAAAAUCUUGUUUUUCAGGUUUUAGAUAAAAGAGACACUGGCAUUUCACUGAAACAAGAAAAAAAGGAAGUUCCUCUUAUGAACAAAGAAAAACAGGAGCUGUACAGUGUUACUCCAGAAAUAAAGAGAAACUCUUCAUUGUGUAACUUGAAAAGCACAAUUAAUGUGACAAUGGAAGAUGUAAAUGCAAGUUCUGGACACAGAGCUAGGGUUUCUGGGAAUGGCGAUUAUGAAGUUGCUUCUUCUAUGACAGAGUCUUUUCAAAAUACAUUCGUGAAGGAAACAGCGAGAAAACUGAUGUCUAAUUUAAGGGAGAUUCUCCUGUUUUUUUUCCCCGAGUAUCAGCUACCAUCAGAAUUUAACCAUGCAUGUGUGGAGGAGCCUCUAGCAAGUUCUGAGCUGGAGCAGUGCCCAGAGCAGACGAACAAAAAGCUGAAACUGUGUUUCAACCAGAUCCAGAAUGUGUACAUGGUCCAAUAUGAGAAAAGACUAAAGAGAAAGAUGCAGUCCAUUGUCUCUGAUGCAGCUAGAAGACAAGAAGUGAGUGGAGUGCGUCGGGGGCAAUGUGAAGAGAAAAGGAAACUCACCGAAGAGAAACUGGAGCGUCUCCGUGUAAAGCUGACAGUAUUGCUGCAGAAGCUUCAGCUGGGUGGCCCAGCAGGCGGUCUGGAACAGAUUGACGGUUAUCUGGAAGCUUUGCUUAAAGAAGAUAAUCGCCUUUUUCAAAAUGCUUUAAAUAAGGUGACUAUAGAGUCAGGACAUAAACAUAAUCUCCCUGUAGAAAAAAAUAAAAGUGCUUCUCAAAAUUAA